AUGGCCACGACGCGUUCAUCAGCACGUAGCAAAGCCACAACAGCUCCUACUGCGCCUGCAGGUAGGGCAACACGGUCCACGAACGUGGGCGGAAGGGCACAAUCUACAACUACAAAAGCUACUGCUAAGAAGGCCACCAAUCGGAAACCGCUGGUCAGCAGGGCGAAUUCCAUGGACACUGGUGUGGACAGCGAGGCGCAUCCGGGCUCAUCCCAACAGUCCUCCACAAUGAAUGUAUCUGCUAUACCGUGCUCAUCUGACAUGGAACGAGAACCGAUCAAGGCCUUCCUGCGGAUACGUCCUCAAUUAGGGGACGGACCAACGUCUGAACCAUACUUGCAUACCAUAUCUGAUACUGCCGUCCGCAUGUCCGAUCCAUCCUCCCAGUUGCAAUCGAGUUCACGACUCUCAAGCCUGAAUCCCUCGUCCAUCUACACGUUCUCACAUAUCUUCCCUCCAGAUUCUCAGCAAUCACAGUUCUUCAACAGGACCACUCUGCCUCUGGUGCAGGACCUCUUAGAAGGCCAGAACGGGCUGCUAUUUGCGUACGGAGUCACAAACUCCGGCAAGACAUACACGGUCCAGGGUGGUAGCGACAGAGGUAGCGCAGGUAUUCUUCCGAGGACGUUGGAUGUCAUAUUUAACAGCAUCGAGGGCCGUCACGGCGACGGUCAGUUUCGCCCUGUUCGCCUCAAUGGCAUCGAAGCCGCCGAUGAUGAGUUCGAGGAUGUCUCCCCACACAAUGCUUCAGGCGGGCGGCGCCCGUCUCUCAUCGACAUCCUCGAUGAUGCACUUGACAUAAGGGAAGACAUCGAUCCCACUGUAUUGAAGCUAGACAGGAACUAUGAAUACACCAUCUGGCUCUCAUAUUCCGAAAUAUACAACGAGAAAGUGUACGACCUAUUCUCUUCGGUGGAUCCCUCCGAACACUCUCCUCAAUCUGGUUCUCGGCCAAUGUCAACCUUCCUUAACAUGCCACUGCCGUCCUCGCAGUCCAACCCUCUCCUUCUCUCGCGCAAGGCUCUAGCACUCAAAUCAUGUCCACCAUCUGAUAGUGGUUUGUCCGCAGAUGACGUCGGUCUCGCGGGCAAGUAUGUCACCGGCCUACGUCAGAUCAGAGUGCACAGCGCAGCACAGGCAAAGGAGCUCCUAAGACUGGGGCAAUUACACCGUCGCGUCUUUGGGACGCUUGCAAACAGCCAAAGCUCAAGGAGCCACGCUAUCGUGACCAUCAAGGUCUUGCGCGUGCAUCGUGGAGAACGGAACGACCCCAGCUCAAUCCAGACGUCCCGUCUCACAAUGGUCGAUCUGGCGGGAUCUGAGCGCACUAAGUACACCCAAUCCUCGGGUGACCGCCUCCGCGAGGCCGGCAACAUCAACAAGUCGCUCAUGGUCCUUGGGCAGUGCAUGGAGACACUCCGCGCCAACCAACGCGCCGUCGCGCGCAGCUUAGCAACUCAUGGCGGCCGCAUCGAUACGCGCGAUGUCAAGAAAGGGCUGGCAGUCGUGCCAUUCAGGCACAGCAAGCUUACUGAGGUGCUGAUGGACUACUUCAUAGGAGAUGGCCGCGCGGUGAUGAUCUUGAACGUCAAUCCGUAUGAUACCGGAUAUGAUGAGAACUCGCAUGUGAUGAAGUUCGCCGCCCUCGCACGAGAGGUCUGCACCGUUGCACCAACUGCCACCUCCCGCCCACUUCCUGUCCUCAAGGACAAACCUGAACGACCCCAAAGCAGUCGUGAAAUUGCACCACAUAGGAGGAAGGUCACCAUCUCAACUCGCAGCACAGGUCAUAAGGCCAGUGAGGCCCAUCUGGAAGUCCUCGAAGAGGACGAAGAGCAAGAUGAGGAUGAUGAAGGGGAGAUAGACCCAGUAGUGGAGGCACUGUUCGACGAGGUUGAACAGCUCCGCGCACAGUUGCAUGAAGCUGAGAUGCGAUGUGCUCUCAUCGAGGCGGAAACAAGGGAGGAGGUCAUGGAAGAAAUGGAGGAGCGAAUGCGUAGCAUGGAGAAGAUGUUCGAGCGACGACUGAGGAGGGAGGCUGAGAACCACGAAAAAAAGAUGGACGCUAAGAUCGACAUGAUGGCACGCUCCGGACUCCAUCGACCAGCUCCGCCUGCAGAUGUCGUGUAUCCAUCGCUGCAACUGAGUGAUGACGAGGCGGAGAACUUUGUAGACGAAUUAGCCGAACUGGCAUCUGAUGGGUCGAGUGACUCGGAAGAGCAUGCCUCGACCGCUAGCAGCACAUCACCCUCCCCUCUAGCGAGGAAGUCCGUGAAACCACUUUCCAAAGCCCAAAGUCAACCUUCACAAGGUAGCAAUGGGAAUCUUCGGGGUGCUUCUCCUUCCAGCAGUCAAGAAAAUGCUGUCCGGUCAUCUGAUAGUGCAGGGCACGAUGGGCUCGUCCCCAUGCGCAAGCAGCUACUCAACCGCCAGAUUGCCAGCCUGCAAAAUCGUGACUUCAGUGCAGCCCCAUCGCCUGUCUUCGAGGCAGACGUUAAGGCUGGAAAGAUGGCAGCGAGGCUCGCGAAAUCUGGGGACAACAAGCUGCCAAGUCUGGAACGCAAUCUCAUGCAACUGUCGCUCCAAGAGAAGCCCCGUGAGUCGACGAUCAUCGUACCUGACAAGGUGGCUCGUCAGGAAGCUGUCGCAAAUGGCGGAGAUGAUGUUGAAUACGUUCCACUGCGAGGCGAAGUAGACCCAGGAAAGAAGAAAAAGCGACAAUUGGGGAAGAGCCGUGUCAUAAACGAAGAGGGUAUGGCCGACAUUGUGCUUACUAGCUCUCAGGAAAGCACAAGGCAGCUUCGCGCGAGGCAUUAG